AUGAAAAAUUAUCAGAAAGUUCAGAUUGAUCCUGAUAAUGGCCUGGCCUACACCAUGUGGCAAGACAUUCCUGUACCAUUUUACAUGUCGCUGUACUACUUUGAGGUUAAAAAUCCUCAAGAAAUUCUGCGUGGUGAGAAACCAGUUCUUGAGCAGCGUGGGCCUUAUGUUUACAGAGAGUACAGACAGAAAAGCAACAUAACAUUUCACAGUAAUUACACUGUCUCAUACCGAGAAUAUCGGCGUUACCAUUUCUGUCCUGAGCGGUCAGCUGGGAAUGAGAGUGAUGAACUGGUCUUGCCCAAUAUGCUUGCUCUGGGUGCAGCUUUAAUGGUUGAAGAUUUGCCUUAUGCUUUGAAACUCAUCUUCAGCACUGCCUUGAAGACAUUUAGUGAAACUCCAUUUAUUAAGAAAUCUGUGAAGGAGAUAAUGUGGGGAUAUGAUGAUCCACUUGUUGAUUUUCUUAAUCGAGUUUUUCCAGGCACUAUCCCAUUUAAAGGAAAAUUUGGUUUGUUUGCUGAA